AUGGAAAGUACAUGGCUUCCACUUCUCAUCGUAACCAUCAUCUUCAUCAUCACCAUCUUGAAACUCAUCCGCCAUGGCCGUUCCUUCCCAAACCUUCCACCAGGCCCAACCCCUCUCCCGUUUCUGGGCAACAUCAUCCUACUCCGGAAAUACUCUUCAUCGUUCUACGCACUCAUCCACGACCUCCAUGUCCACUACGGCCCCAUCUUCACCUUCUACUUCGGCUCUCGUCGUGUCAUCUUCAUCGCCGGCCACUCCCUCGCCCACCAAGCUCUCGCUCACCACGGCGCUGCCAUCGCCGACCGUCCCCCUGCCUCCAUCACUAACAAGAUCCUCUACAGUAACCACAUCACCAUCUUCACUGCCUUUCACGGCCCUAACUGGAGCCUCCUCCGCCGUAAUCUCAUCUCCGAAACCUUCCACCCUUCUCACCUCAGACUCCUUUCCGAUGCCCGCCGCUGGAGCCUAAACUCGCUCGUCUCCCGCCUGAAAUCGCACUCCCAAGGCGGCGCUGCUGCUGUUUGUCUCGUCGACCAUAUCCGGCUGACUUUGGUAGAGAUAUCGGUGUUCAUGUGCUUUGGAUUGAAGCUCGAAGAGGAGCGAAUCAAAGCCUUAGCCGAGCUCCUCCAUCAAGUUCUGUUGCAUUCCAGUAGGCAAAACAAACUGAAUCAGUAUCCAUUGAAAUUGGGGAAAAUCCUGUACCCUAAUCUCUGGAACGAAAUCUCAUCGCUCCGAAACAAAAUGGAAACCGCAAUAAUUCCUUUAAUUAAAGCCAGAUUGGACGAAAGACAACGCGAAAUCGAACAAAGGAACAACGAAUUAGAAUCAGAAUCAGAAACAGAAACAGAACGCGUUUUGCCCUAUCUCGACACAUUGCUAAACCUACACCUCCCGGAAGAGAAUCGGAAGAUGGAAGAAGGUGAAAUCAUCAGCCUAUGUGCAGAAUUUCUCAACGGAAUCGUCCAUACGACACUUAUGGUUAUGCAAUGGGCGAUGGCGAACAUCGUAAAAUAUGCAGAAAUCCAAGAGAAGGUAUAUACAGAGAUUAAUCAAGCGAUGGAUCGAUCAUCAUCGAAAGAACAGGUAACAGAGGAGGACAUAAAGAAGAUGCCGUACCUGAAGGCGGUGAUAAUGGAGACUCUGAGGCGGCAUCCGCCGGGGUAUUUGUCUCUGCCACACUUAGCGAUGAAGGAGGUAGUGUUGGACGGGAAGUUCGUGGUGCCGAAGAAAACGACGGUGCAUUUUGUGGCGGCGGAGAUGGCAAGGAACGGGGAGGUGUGGAAGGAGCCGAUGGAGUUCCGGCCGGAGAGAUUCUUGACAAAGGAGGCGGAGAAAGUGGAAGUGGAGGCAUUGAUAGGGAGGAAGGAGAUUAGGUUUCUGCCAUUUGGGGGAGGGCGAAGAAUCUGCCCUGGAGUUGGGAUUUCGAUGCUCCAUUUGCAGUAUUUUGUGGCCAAUUUAGUGUGGUUCUUCAAAUGGGAUGCGGUGGAUGAAGUUGAUCUUGAGGAGAAGAUUGAGGUUUCCAUCGUCAUGAAGACGCCAUUGCAGGCUCGCAUUUCACCUCGCUAG